AUGCUGGACUCUGCCGGACUGGCCGCGAAGGACGUGGACUUCCUUAUCACCAACUGCGGCAGCCAGGUCUGGUACGGCGGGCCCGUCGUCUCGUCGAUGACGCGCAACGCGCAGUCCGCGCAGUCCGCGUUUUCCGGCGGAGCCGCCGCGGGGGCCGCGGAGGGCGUCGUCGCUGACGAGGCGUGGGACGCCUUCGCGGACCGCUGGUGGGACAAGACGUGCGUGCGGCGCGUGCUGGCGCAGCUCCUCGCGCAGCGCGGCCUGCUGACCGGGCUGACCAGCGCCGGCGGCGGUGCGCGCGUCGGCGCGGCGGCAGGGUCGCCGCCGGUCAAGAUCACGGUCGACACGGAGACCGGCGCGCACCACCUUCUGCUCAAGCUGCACUCGACGGCAUCGAGCGUCGCGGGCGCCGCGGGCGCCGGCGCGCCGCCCGCCGCGGCGCUGUCCGCGGCGGACACGCAGGCGCUCAUAUCCCGCAUCAAGCGGCGCUUCCGCAGCAGCGGCCUGCGGACGCAGGUGACGGCGCAGGCGGAGGGGGACGGGUCGGUGCGGCUGCACGUGACGCCGCUGCGGGCGAGCCGGGCGCUGGCGCUGAGGUGGCUCGCGCAGAAGCACAAGGUGGAGCUUACUAACCUGGCGGUUGUCAGCUGCGCCCGCUCGAUGGCCCCCGGCGAGCCGGCUCGCUUCGCAACCUCGGACGCGGAGGACAACCUCGGCGGCUCGCAGGGCGUCCUCGUCGUGCCCCCCGCCCCCGCCCCCUCGGCCACCGACGGCGCGGAGGGCGCCGCGGCCGCGGCCGCGGCGCAGCAGCUGCUCGGCGGCUUCCAGGUGGACCUGGGGCUGUACCAGCACGACGGCCGCCUGCAGAUCCUAGAGGCCCGCAAGUGCUGA